AGGUGGUCCACCAUCACAACGAGGGUGUUUUCUUUCAAACAUUUGUCUAUAGUUUGAACCAGUAAGGAAGAGGCCAUCUAAACCAUCAUUAAGUGUUUAUCAUCUUAGAUUGACGUUUUUGGCAUCAGAAAUCGUCACAAACGUUUGAGACACGAAGCUGUGGAGAAACGAGCGGCCGCCAUCUUGACCUGAGCGACUGAUCCAGGCAGAGGGACGGUUGUUGGUGCUGAGAAGUCGUUUCUGAUUAGACAAAAACAUGAACCUAGACCACCUGUCUGCCAAGAGAAACAGCGUGAAUAAUAGAAGAGCUUCUCUGCAGGCUCUAAGAAAGAAGAAAUGGUAUGAGAAACAUCCGAAUGAUGUUGACCGCGCUGGUCUGGCUGCAAAUUUCACUUGCAAAAACAAGGAAAUGAUCGAAAUAAAUGACCUGAUGAAGGGAAUCGCUCUGGAAGAGGAAGUGACUGAGGACGUGUCGGCCAGCCUCUACAUGUCUGUGAAUCAGGAGGUGGCAUUUCAUGAGGAUGAGCUGCUGGCCGAGCUGGAGAAGCUGAAGAAGAGUCUGGAUGAGAGCCUCUUGGAGGCCGGCAGCAUAGAGGACAGAGUCCAGACCUCGCCGCCGUUGUCCUCUGCUUCCACUUCUGCUCCUGGCAUUACGGAGGAAGAUGAGGUUGAAGAGGCGUUGGAGUACCUUCGACGUUGGGCGAAUGAUUCACUGUAAGCCAAACCUCUGGCUCAACACAGGAUGGAAUAAAAAAGCUGUUUUAUCCUAUUGUUCCCAAUCGUUUUAUAUUUUCCUGAAUGUUUCACCGUUGUGUCUCUUAGUUAAGGGAUUGAAACCCUUAUCCUGUUUAUAUUUGGGGAAAGUACCUCGUUAACGCAACAUAACCUCUGUAGCUCUUUGUGUUCGCCUCUGCUGGUGGAACUGAAUGUAUUAAUUGCUGCAUUAUGAACCCGUGAAUUUGUUUUUCUGCUAGGGAGACAUGUUGAGUUAAAGUUCGUCCUGUUGUUGGCUUCCUUACUCAGAUAGUCAUUGUUUCAGAUAUUCUGUCCUAAAAAAUAAAUAAAAUCCAUAACUGGACAGCUGUCAAACUGCUGAAAGACAGUUUUCAAAAGAAGAAAACAAUCAAAUCAUUUAAAAAUAGAUGAGUUUAUUAACGCAACAGACAGUUGCCCCAGGUUUGCAGACUGUGUGCGUUUUAAUUGUUUUUAUAUUAGUAAAUGUGGGCUUUUGUGAGAAGAACUACAGGCAGGUGUUAGGAUGUUGUGAUGCGUGCAGAGAUUUAUUUUUAAAGAUUGAAUAUAAAUCUUUACCCCGGUAAAAACAUCCUGUCAAAAUAAUGGAUGGAUACUAGAGUCGGGCAAUAUAUCCAGAUAUUUUUUUUUAAAAGGAGAUUUAAAAUGAGAAUAAAUUUUC